AUCAAGAAGGGAACAUAAAAGUCCUGUUGCUAAAUUGAUAACAUAUAAUUAAAAACACAUGUUUCACUGUCAGAAUAACUAGUAAGAACAAUAUUUAUUCUAUUCCACAGUUAGUGGUGACCGUGUUGUCAAAUGCCCUUGAGCUUUACUGAGCAUGCUCAUUUUUUCCAGUCUAUUCAUUGCAUUUGAUUCUUUAGCUGUAGCUUCUCUUCUCCAGUGCCUCUUAUGUGCACGCAGAAGAAAGGGUAGCAAAAAGAUAUUCUACAUUAUUUCGUCUGCAUAUAUGCUGAACUGACAACAUUUGGCUCUGUGUUUCUGGCUUCCCAAUACCUUUGGAUUCACAAAUAGCGAUCGCCAAUUCUGCCUGCUUUCUUUGAAUAUAAAGACAGAAAUGGACACGCUGCUGAACACUGGAAAGCAGAUUUCCUCUCUUUAACGUCUCUUGUCCUUGACGUAUUUUGGGGUGAUCACUUACUCGACAUCUUUACAAGAGUCCUAAUUGUCUGAGGAAAUGGAUGCCUCACCUUCCAAACAAUAUCCAGUGAAAAAACGAGUGAAAAUUCAUCCCAACACAGUGACAGUGAAAUAUACUUCCCAUUAUCCCCAGCCUGGAGAAGAGGAGUGUGAAGAAGCUAAUGAAGACCAUGAGAGUUUUGCAGAAGAUAAUCCAAAAAGAAGACUGCUGAGUGAGGGGCAGCGGAAAGGAAGGUCCCUCUUUGGGACUAUUGACAUCCCAUCUCAAACAGGACAAAAACCAGAAGCCGACAAGAAUGGGGAAGGCCAAGGUUUUGUAGAUAGAAGCAUUUUUCAGUCUAGAAAGACUUGGGCUGUGCUUUUUGGAUCUGCUUUAGCCCAUGGUUGUGUAGCCCUUAUAACUAGACUUGCUUCUGAUCGUUCCAAAGUGCCAUCUUUAGAACUGAUCUUCAUUCGUUCUGUUUUACAAGUGUUUUCUGUCUUAGUCGUGUGCUACUACCACGAGGACCCAUUUGGGCCAAAAGGCCUCCGACUGCGACUGUUCUUUUAUGGAGUAUGUAAUGUUAUUUCCAUUACCUGCGCUUACACUUCUUUUGCAAUAGUACCCCCAAGCAAUGGGACUACUAUGUGGAGAGCUACUACCACUGUCUUCAGUGCCAUUUUAGCAUUUUUACUAGUUGAUGAGCGAAUGGCUUACAUUGAUAUAAUUACUGUGGUGAGUAGCAUCUUUGGUGUUUGCCUAGUCAUGAUCCCCAACAUUGUUGAUGAAGAAAAUUCUCUGUUGAAUAUCUGGAAGGAGGCCUUUGGGUAUACCAUGACAGUUAUGGCAGGCUUAACUACAGCUCUCUCUAUGAUAGUGUACAGGUCCAUUAAGGAUAAUGUCAGCAUGUGGACAGCACUGUUUACCUUUGGUUGGACUGGAACAGUGUGGGGAGCCUCCACAAUGUUUCUCCUCCAAGAGCCAAUAAUUCCACUGAAUGGAGAAAGCUGGAGCUACCUCAUUGGCAUCUGUAUAUGUUCCACAGUGGCUUUUCUGGGUGUCUAUUAUGCCUUGAACAAGUUCCAUCCAGCUUUGGUCAGCACGGUGCAGCACCUGGAGAUUGUGAUAGCCAUGAUCCUUCAGCUUCUUGUGUUACACAUCUUCCCCAGCAUUUAUGAUAUGAUUGGAGGAGCUGUUAUCAUCAUUAGUGUAUUUUUCCUUGCAUGUUAUAAACUGUCUUGGAAGGACUUGAAAAAGCAAGAUUAUGAGGAGAUAUUGGAUUCUUCCAUUAAAUGAAUGCAAAAUUGCUGUAUCCUGUUUACUGCCAUGUACAAUUAAUAUGCAUUUAUGUAUGACUUUUGUAUAGAGUUGUUGACAGCAUACUACCGUUUCUUGUCAUAUCUGAUAAGGGGUCACAUCUGCCCCGGUAUAGCUCAGUGGAAUAGCGUCAGAAAUCUCUCUUCUAGAAUCUAUGUGUGAGACAUGUUUCGCAAUGUGAAAGCUGUGAAAAUUAGAUUAUAUACUUAGCUAGUAUACAGGAAGUGUCAAUAUUCAAUAUAGACAAUUCCGUCCUAGAAGAUAACUCAUUGGAGUCUUAACAAGCAUGAUCUGAUCCCAAGGUUUUAUAUUAGACAGUGAUAACCUACCUGAAUGGAGUAGAUUCAAAGCAAGGAAAUCAGUAGAAGGAAAUAACCAAGCUUAGCUUCUUACAGCAAGGAACCAGAUCUAAUCUAGACAAUUUUACUGAGGUUUGUCAGUUUAUAGGGUUUGCCACUUUACCUGCUCCAGUCUGUCUGGUGCAUGAAUGAUUCCUACAGAUCUCAUUUGGUUUGUUUACCUACAGUUCUUCCUUUGACCAGAGCUCAGUGAUGGUGAACAGGCUGUCAUUUGACAUUACAACCUCAAGUUACAACUUUAGGGCUUGUGGGUUGAACUAGACCAGAGAGAAUGUAAUGUAAUUGUGGAAUUAUGAUGAAU